AUGUUGGAGGAUUUAGGUAUGACUUGCAACAAUUUAUUUGUAUCUUUAUAUAAUUAUGAGUUACUAAAUUUAUUUUCUUUUACCUCAAAUAAUGAUUUAAAUGAUAUUGUAGACUUAAAAAAUUCGAGGGGAAUAAAACUCUUGGUAGAUAUAAAUGAACUUUGUAAAGUAUUUAUUAAACUCCAUUUUCAGUCUUUAAUAAAAUUUUUAAAGUAUAAUUUAUACUCAUGGUCACCUCAAGAAAUAUCUGAUUGGAUUUCUAUUUUUAGAGCAGAUGACCUAAAUGUUUUAAGUGAGGAUUUGCUAUUUGAUGUCAUUUUAAAUAUAUUAAAAAGAAAAGUUUUUAUAACAGAAGAAAAUAAAAGGGAUUUGCUUGGUUGUAUUCGUAUGAACUAUCUCUCAAAAUCAAAUCAGAUAGUUUAUGCAGAAAAAGAAUUUGCAACUAAAGAAUUACUUCAUAUACUUAAGAGGAAGAUAAUAGGAUAUAGAUACUCCCCUAGAAUAUGUUAUUGUAACUUAAUAAGUUAUUCACAAGUCAAAUGGAAAAAUUUAGAUGUUGACUUACCAUUUAUAGUAAAUGAAUUAAGUCAAAAUGAAAAGAGAGUAGCAGAGAUUCCUAUUGAACAAGGUACUUGUUUAACAAUAAAUAUUCAUUUUGGAACUUUAGAAAAUAAAAACAAAAUAAAUGAUUAUUGUGAGAUUAAUAAUAAAUUAUUAAUUUGCUGUGGAGUAGCGUCUACACUACGAAAAAAGAAUAUUAACUUUUUAGACUUUAAGAGACAAUAUUUCUAUAAUGGAUUUCUUAAAGAUUUUUAUUCUAUUCAUAUAAAUAAUAAUAGUGAACUCAAAAUUAUAGAUCUAUUAGAUAAAAUAGGUCAGGAGUCAAUGUUAAAUAAUAAAAAUAUUUUAACUGGUGAUUUCACAAAGUCUAAAUUUGAAAAUAAUUCUAUAAUAAAUAUACCAUUAAAUAAUUGGUCUGCUAUAUUCCCAGAAAAAUCCAACUUUUUAGAAUCACUCACUCUAUAUGAAAUAUUGACGAGAGAUCAAGGGAUAAUCCACAUGACAGUUAAUAGAAUCAAUAAUUACUUGUUAUUUCAGACAAAAUCUGGGUUGUCUGUAUACAUUUCUUGCCCAGAAUUUCAAAACAUUGAUGAACCUUUAUACCCUUUCAUUGUUUUCUCCUCAGGCAAUAUUCAUGAUAUUAAUUCUAAUAAAUUGAAGGAUAAUACUAUAAAGACCAACUUAAUGGGAAAACCGCAUGAUAAAGUAUCUGCUGUAUUAUAUGGUUCUAAAACAUGUUACAAAUUUUCUUUAGAAGUACAAAGGAGGAAUGCAGGAGCACCAAAAAGAGUAACAAGAUUACGAUAUAAUAGACAUUUUCAAAAACAAAAUAUAGAUAAUAUUCAAAUACAAGCUAACUCUCAAUAUAAAUCACGAGUUGCAAAUUCAAAGAAUACUAGCUCAAUAUAUCGUGGUAAAUACAGUGAUAAAGACCGUUUUAUACGCAAUAGAGAUACCAGGAUGAGAUAUAAAAGAUUAAUAGAGGGUCCAAAUGAAUAUCAUAUUAUUGAAGAUACAGAGGCUCAUGAAAAUCAAAAUAAAAAGAGAAAAACUGGAACAUUUAUUUUUUCAGCCUCAAAUUUUUUAUUUAACGCUAUAACUAAUUUUGUUUCUUUCAAAUUUCUCAAUUUAGGGACAAAAUAUUGGAGAAAUUUAGGUGUAGAUAGUAUAGUUAAAAGUUCUGAAGAAAAACAGAAAAAUUAA